UCAUUUUCUUCCCGCCGUUUCCAAAACUAAUAAAAAGAAAAAUUUGACCUUCAUCUCUUCUAAAGUUAUCCCGCCGGAAAUUCCCAAAGAUGGUUACUGCGAUUCCGUCCACAGCAAACCCUAACCUCAAAGCAGCCAAGAAUGUGUACCACAUCGGAGGCGUUCCAGUCGAGUUUCCGUACAAGCCAUACGGAACGCAGCUUGCCUUCAUGGGUAGGGUCAUCUCAACUCUCGAUCGGGCUCAGAGGGAAGGCCAUUGCCAUGCGCUCCUCGAAUCUCCUACCGGAACUGGUAAAUCUCUUUCUCUUCUUUGCUCCACACUUGCUUGGCAGCAAAGUUGUAAGCUCAAGUAUCAGAAUGAGUCGAAACCUGACCCGCAAGCUAUGGCUGAUCCUUUGGCUCAUGGCGGUGGAUUUGUUCCCGAUGAUGAACCUUCAAGUGGGAUAGAAUCAGAAGAGUCAGGACCAGCACAGUCCACUGCAAAUAAAAAGAACAAGAAGAAAAAGGCACCAACCAUUUAUUACACAUCGAGGACACAUUCACAAAUUUCUCAAGUGAUCCGUGAAUACAAGAAAACUGGUUACCGAGUACCAAUGGCUGUUUUGGCAUCACGAAAGCAUUACUGCACUAAUCCAUAUAUGCGUGGGAAGGAUAAUCUUGAUGAAGAAUGCAAGCUGCUUUUGGGAAAAGGAGGCACAGGAUGCCCAGAAUUUGAAAAUGAAAGGAAAGUACAAUUCCAUCCAUCCCUUCAAAAAGGAGGUUGUCAUGAGGCUCAUGACAUUGAAGAUCUUGUCAAAGUUGGGCAGGUUGUGAAAGGUUGCUCCUAUUAUGCAGCACGUGCCAUGGCAGUUUCUGCAGAGCUGGUUUUUUGUCCGUAUAAUUACAUUAUCAAUCCGGUCAUUCGAGGUGCAAUGGACGUAGAUAUUAAAGGAGCUAUUUUAGUUCUUGAUGAGGCUCACAAUAUGGAGGAUAUUGCCCGUGAUGCUGGUAGUGUGGAUAUUGAUGAAGAAGCUUUGCAUAAAUUGAAAGCAGAAUUGGGAGACCUCUGCCAAGCUAAUGCCUUGGUGUACCAACCUUUGUAUGAAGUGACGCAGGACCUCCUAAGUUGGAUCGGCCACAAGAAAGAUACAUUGGAAAAGCGUGAAUUUCAACAUUAUUUCUCCUGUUGGACUGGUGACAAGGCAUUGAGAGAGCUUCAAGAAGCUAAUAUUUCUCAGCAAUCUUUUCCAACCUUGCUUGAAUUUGCCACAAAGGCAAUCAGAGACGCAUCAGAUACAAAAAGUGAUGUAGAACAUUUAUCUGGCAUGUCUGUGAUUACUUUAGAAGGAUUGUUUUCUUCUUUGACUUAUUUUUUCUCAAGAUCCGGGUCUCAUAUGUCAGAUUUUCAACUUGCCUUACAAAAAUAUGUGAAAAGAGAUGCUGGAAAAGCUUUUGGUGACUGGACACAUACAUUAAGUUUAUGGUGCUUGAAUCCAGCCGUUGUUUUCAGAGACAUUACUGAUCUUUCUUUAUCUGUCAUCUUGACAUCAGGGACACUGUCACCAAUGAAUUCAUUUUCAUCUGAGCUUGGACUUCAGUUUGGAGCUAGUCUAGAAGCUCCACAUGUAGUUAAUAUUGAAUCACAGGUAUGGUCUGCUAUAAUAGCUAGUGGUCAAAGUAAUUUCCCAUUGAAUGCAAGUUAUAAAACAGCAGAUGGAUGUAUAUUCCAGGAUGAACUUGGUAAAUCCUUGGAGGAAAUUUUUAAAAUUGUGCCGGGCGGCUGUCUUGUGUUUUUCCCGAGUUAUAAGCUUUUGGAGAAACUACGUAAGCGUUGGUGUGAAACGGGGCAAUGGUCUCAAUUAAAUGCAAAAAAGACUCUCUUUAUGGAGCCAAGAGGAGGAAGCCAAGAGGAUUUUGACUCUGUCUUGAAAGGUUAUUAUGAUGCAAUUCAUGGUGCAUCUAAACCUAUUUCUGGGAGAAAGAAAAGACCUAAGAAAUUGGAUUCUAAAAGCUUCACUGCAAUCCAGAGUGCAGACAAUGCUAAUAGGGAAGGAGCUGCUCUUUUGGCUGUGUGCCGUGGAAAGGUUUCAGAAGGAAUUGAUUUCUCAGAUGACAAUGCUCGAGCUGUUAUAAUUGUGGGCAUUCCAUUUCCUAACAUCAAUGAUAUUCAAGUUGGGCUAAAAAUGAAAUAUAAUGAUGCAUAUAAAUCAUCCAAAAACCUUCUGAGUGGUAGUGACUGGUACAGCCACCAAGCAUUCAGAGCUUUAAAUCAAGCCGCGGGACGUUGUAUCCGACACCGGUUUGAUUAUGGUGCCAUUAUCUUCUUAGAUGAGCGUUAUCAGAGAGAAAGGAAUACAGCAUCCAUGUCAAAAUGGCUGAAGAAAUCUUUUAGAGAGUAUGACAAUUUUGGCUCGUCAUUAGAAGGAUUAAGAUCCUUUUUCAGUGAUGCCAAGGAACGAGUGAGCAAGAGUAUGGUCAAUGUUGCGGAGAAUUCUGAUACUAAUUUGGAAAAUACACCUACUGCAGUUCAAAGUAAAGGCUCUACAAGGAAGCAAGAUCAGAAAUCAGACAAAUUUGAUCACUUAAAUCAGAAAAAGACUAAUUUGACAAAGUUCAGUACUUUUUUUCCCUCUCUGAAGUCUAAGGAUGACGUUGAACCUCAGGCAUCUGCACGAAUGGAUGAAGAUGCUGACAACAGCUUGGAAGUUAUUGAUCUCUCUAGUCCUCAGAAAGAGUCAAGGCACUCUACAGCUUUAUCCAUGGAAUUUCUUCAUGAUGAUCCAGAAUUAUCAAUUGUCAAGGAAACCCCAUGUUUGGAUGGAAGUACUAUAACACAAAGUCCAUGGUCAUUUUCCAAGUACGAGACUUCAGCUUCAACUGUAUAUCAUGACUCUUCUGGUAUUCAAGGUCAAUUAUCUUCUCAUCCCUUGUCCUUGACUAAUCAUAACAAAUAUUCUUCGAAAGCAAAGUGUUUCACUAUAAAUAUACCUCAGAAGAACGCUUAUAUGAACACAAGCAGCUCAAUGCUGGAAAUGGAAUCGUCUCUCAAUUUGAGUGUCAAUUCUUGCUGUUUAAAACGGAGAAAGUCCAUUUGCUCUUCACCUGUGAUUUGCCUCAUUGAAGAAGAGCAUGAUUCGGUUGAUGCCAACACUUCUGAUUGUACUACUACCUUUAAUGAAAGUUCUAUAGCCAAUGGAGAUACAAUUCGAAGAAUUGAUUUCGCUGUUGAGACUCCUAAUUCAAUAGAAGGACAUUCUGAGUCAAGUGUUCCCCAACUGCUCACAAUGAAUAAUUCUACCGAGACUUCUGAACUCAUAGUAAUGAACAAGAGGCUGCUUGUCUAUUGCUCACACUGCAAAAAUGCUUUGGGUCUUCCUGAGAAUCAUCAACAUGUCACCUGCUGUUUAACUUUAUUGUCAAAAAUUCAGUUGGAAUCUCUUCACAGAAAGACAAUGAAAAUUGAGUCUGCAAGUAAAUCAAAAGGUGUACAUGUUCUUGUAACUGACACAUCAUCAGUUCAUCAACUCUGCAAUAGUAGUAUUGAAGGUGGUUCUGAGCAGCAGGGUGUAUGGUGUGAAAAAGAUGGAUGUGUAUUCAAAACCAUCUUCUGCCCCUUGUGUAGUACGGACAACAAUUGCCUUGGUGUACAGGUCCUGGCAACAAAUGAAUCUAAUAUUCAUCUACUUAACAAGGUCUUGCUUUAUGUUGAUCAGUUAGAAAUUAAAAUCUUUGAAGCAUCCAUGCACAAGGAUUCAAAUGCCAAGGAUGCGUCGCCCAUUAGAGGCUCGAGCAUGGAGAAAGGUGCAACUCAGAACUCUUUCGACAAAUUCGCAUAUAUUCCUAAUUCAUCAGGAGGGUGGAGAACCACCAAAUCCAAGUUGAAACUUCCAAGGAAAAGGACAUCCUCUAAUGCAGAUGAUGAGGAUUCAUGAUAGCUUUAGCUUAUUGUUUCAUUCAUGUAAUGUGUUGAAAUGUAAUAAUUUAUAAUGUAUAUAUAGAGCACAUGACCCGAUAGGCAAGAUCUUGGCUUUAUUGUCUUCUUGCUUAGUCAGCAAGCAACUGUUCUUUGUUUCAUUCUUGCUUAUUAGUCAGCAAUAGCGCCAUUAUUUUGGUAGUGUUUGUACAUUAAUAAUCAAUUACUUUUGAGUUUUGAUUAUUGUGUAGAAA